CGACAGCAGGAUUGAGCAAUCGGCAACGCACUGCAGGGUCCGCGGGCAACCAAGCAUACGACCCAAUGUUGUACGCUCACCUGCCUUCGCAUGAGAUUCCCCUUAUGUCGACGGAUGACGAGUGCGAAGACGUGAGGUCAUCCGUUGUGCCGUUGGGGAGUGGUUCGACGAAGGAUUGGGUGGGAACCCAGUCCUUCAGCGGCAGGCAGGCGGAGACCCCAUGGUCUUACACGUCGAUGCUGAACGAGGGGUUGUGCUGCGACGAUGGCAAUGCAGGGGUCGAUCUGACCUUCCAGUUGUCGACCAGCAGCGGCGUGGUGGUGACACACACGCACAUCAUCAAUCCCCACCCUGAUGGGGAUUGUGAUGAGCAGACAUGGGUUGCUCGCUGCGGGGCGCGAGACGGCAGGCAAGCUCAAGCGCUUCGCGACAGUGGCGGGAAUCGAUAUUUGUCAUCUAUGGCAUCGGCCGGUGGAGGAGGCAGCGGAGAUCAUCGUCCGGAAUGGAUGCGAUCAUCGCCCGCGCCGGGAAGCGGAUCCAGGACUCCGCGUAGACGGCAGCAACAGGACUACGCAUCCGCGACGGGUGCGGACGCCUUGCGUCCACAUGGAACGGAGUCCAUGAUGAAGGGAGUGCAACGGCUCGACGUCAAUGAAGGCGAUGAUGCGGCAGAUCACGAGCCGUACGACAACGACGACAUGGACGGCGACGAGGGCUACAACUCCGAGGAAUUGCCGGAUAUUCGACCGUUCGGGAGGAAGGCGAAGGGAGGCCGAGGGGUUGGGAGGAAGGGUUCCACGACGAGGAAUCGGACGGACAAGAAAAUGGACGACGACACUUGUGGGAGCGAUGGCGAGGGAGCCAUAAAUUUCUGGUCCGUUGGAGACACGAUCGUACUUGUGCGGGCGAAAAGGGAUCAAGAUUUGUAUUUCUCAAGUAUGGGGCACAAUUUCGGUUGCAUGAAGACCAGGGAGUGGAAGUGGGAGCACUGGGAGGAUGUGCGGUUGAGGUUGGACAAGGCGGGCGUGACGAGGAAGGUCGUCGAUUGCGGGAAGAAGUGGGAUAAACUGAUGCAGCAGUUCAAGAAGGUUCAUAAGUUUCAGCAGCUCUCCAGUGGGAGGGACUACUUCAAGCUUUUGUUGGUGGCGAGCAUAUGGUUGAUGCGCAUGGCGGGAGAUGAUCUGCGCAGCCACUACGAAGCUUUCUACUUCGCAAAGCUCAUGGCGAAGCCUACACUCAUCGCGUCCAUGUAUCGGUCCUGCGAACAUAGGCGAUCAGUGGUCCGCGCUACGAACGUUGUGACGGAGAGGCUUGGGAAGGCUAACGCGACCUUGGGAGAGUACCCAAAGUACAUCCCAGAUUGGGAAAUCUGCGGCAUCGUGUUCGGAUUCGACGCCAGCAUAGCAGGGCAAGAUGACGCGAAGAGGCUCGAUUGGUUGGGCGGGGGCCCCCUGGAGGAUGACAAGGCCGAUGAUGGAAAGGAUGAUGCGUAGGGCGGCGACGAGGGUGACACGUGGAGCGCGGGGGGGGGGGAAUCGACGCGGGAUAUGUUGGCCUGCCAACAUGUGUGGCUGAGCGUACACACAUCGU